CGGCUGUCAAAUCUCGCUCUUUUGCCGUGUUUUGUUGCUAGUGGCCACACGUGUGCUCCGUUAAAACCCCCGAAAAAUCAUGGAUAAGUCCGUCGUUUUGGCUCGCGUCGUCAAGGUCCUUGGCCGCACCGGUUCCCAGGGUCAGUGUACCCAGGUGAAGGUGGAAUUCAUCAGCGAGCAGAACCGUCAGAUCAUCCGCAACGUCAAGGGCCCAGUUCGCGAAGGCGACAUCCUGACCCUGCUGGAAUCCGAACGCGAAGCCAGAAGAUUGCGAUAAAUGCGCCGAUGGGAGAGCGGUUCCGUUUAGGAUUAAGACGGGAGAGUGGCUGAUUUUGAUGUCCGGUCCGAUUUGGUUCCGGAUUGUAAUGGUUAGAUUGGCGUGACAACAAAUCCGCAAAUUAUUGUACAAGGGAUGAAUAAAGGAAAGGAUGUAAAAUCAGCUUAAA